UUUUAUCUAUUCUGGGUUUAUCUCGGAGUAAACCUGGGUAUCUUUGGGUUAAGAUAAGAAACUCCGGAAGUGGAUCGUAAAACAGGAAGUUAACUACUUAUGUGCUCUGAACGACUCUAAAGUGAACUCGGGUGGCUGUAAAAAGAACACGACAGUUUAUAACUUAGCCUGACCUGAUAACCUAAUCUGAUUAUAACCUAACCUAUGCCUAUGCUGUUUUUAAAUGUGAUUAUUCUCAAUUCCGUGUUUUCUUUAUUUAAAUUGAUUAUGAGUUCUUCAUCUUCAUCAUCAUCAUCCGAUUCAUCGGAAAUAUUAAUCGGCCGGGAAUUUUUUGAUUCGUCUUCGUCUUCUGACGAAAAUAACAAAAGACAUUGCAUAGAAAAUUAUGAAGCUGUCAUUUCUGAUUUUUGCAAUCAGUACAUUACACAUCUAUUGUCAAUGGGUAUUAUACACUUUUGGCCGAAAUGCUAUAUCUCCUGAGAAACAUUUAUACACAUUCUUGUGGUUCGUUGGCUAUGAAGUGUCAUCGUAUAGAGACUGUGCGGACCGGUUUGAUCUGUCAUUGAGUGUACUAUUUGACAUCAUUACAAGAGUAUCUGAUUAUUUGGUCGAUAUUGCACCACAGCAUAUUCACUGGCCUAAUGAAGAAGAAAGGGAAAUAACUAAAAUAUAUUUUCAACAAAUAAAGAGUUUUCCAAAUGUAAUUGGAUGUAUUGAUGGAACUCAUAUCCGCAUAGAUAGGCCAAAAGAAAGUGCUGAAAGUUAUUAUAAUAGAAAAGAUUUCUUCUCUAUACAAAUGCAAAUAGUUUGUAACCAUGAACACAAAAUUAUAGAUGUUUUUAUUAGGUUUCCGGGGUCUGUACACGAUUCAAGAGUUUUGAGAAACUCGCCAUUGAUUGAAAAAUUACUUAAUCCAGAAUUACGUGGAUGGCUUUUAGGAGACAGUGCAUACCUAUGCCUUCCAACAUUAAUGACUCCGUAUAAAGACAAUGGCCAUCUGACUGCUGCUGAAACUUCUUAUAAUACCAAAUUAUCGUCAUGUCGUGUGCGAGUUGAACAUACUAUCGGUAUUUUGAAGCAACGGUAACAUAAAUUAUGCUUUGAGGAGAGUUUCCCUAGCGGCGGACAGCAUCUAAUACCGGACAUUAGCGAUAUCUCUGAAAUAUAAAAAUCGAUGAUAAUUGUCAAUCGCGGAGGAAUUAGAGUAGAUAAACCUUUAACUCUUACGCAAUUGACAAUCGUCAACGAGUUUUAUAUUUCAGAAAUAUUGCUAAUGUCCGGUAUUAGGUGCCGUCCGCCGCUAGGGAAACUUUCUUUGUAUAAACUAUGUAUACAUAUAUGUCUGUACGGAAGGUCAAUUUAAUGUGUUCCAACUUUUUAAUCAAGAUAUUUUCUAUGUUACAGAAAAAUCUUUGACCAUAAAUACAAAUCUAACAAAUUUGUAACUCAUUAAUUUGAUCCACUGUAUUUUUUAAAUCGUCACUCCCUACGUAUAAUUACAUAAGUGUCACAUAUGGAAUUUUCAGUUUAUUGC